AUGAUCGGGGGGGCCGUGUGUGUGGCGAAGAGAGGGCGGGAAAUGGAGGCGGGGGCGACGGGCCGGGCGGGAGCAGGCCGCGCUGACCCGGCCAAGCAGCGAGGCAGACGGGGGGCUCGCGACACAAUCCCCGGCGUCGUCGCGGCGAGGGCUCCGGUCCCAACUCCGCACCGGCGACGACGAACGGCGGCGGCGGCGGCGGCUCAGCCCUCCUCGUGUGUGCGAGCGGAUCUCCUCCCACCCCAACCCCAACCCCAACCCCAACCACCUCGCACCGCCUCAGCGCCAACCCCACGCCGGCGCGGAUUGACCCCUCCCCGCCACCCGUACCUUCGCCUCGGUAGUUCCCGACCCUGCCCGUCCGCGUUGCCGGCUACGAAGCGCGGCGGCGGGCCGAACUACGAGUCCCGGCAGCGCCCGCGCGAUACCCCCACCCCCAUCCCCGCUGCGGUUUUCCCGGGGGCCGACGGGAGUCGGAGUUCGGAAGCCCGGAGCAACCGGAAGCGGCUCGGGCUCCCGGCAGGCAGCGGGAGGAGGCGGAGGACUCGGCGUCGCUCGGCGGCCCCACCUGUCACCCGGUGGGGGCGGGGCGGCGGCGCGUCCUCGCGCGACUCUGCGGCCGCCGGGGUGGUCCUCGCCGCGGUCCUGCGCUCCCGCGGCGCCAGCCGGCUAAACAGAGGACCGGGGCCUCUUCCACGGUGUAUCCAGACGUACCCAACUAAUAAGGUCAUCCCGGUGCGCCCAGCUUCCGUACGACGCACCAUUAGGCCAAGUGGGUUUUUCUUCCGAGUGGUGGUGGCGUUGGCUCGAGCGGACCGAGAUGCCUUAUCACAAUCUGAAGUUCUUACUGGUCUCCGUGCCUACUGCCCAUCUCCUCCUACUGGAAAAUUAAUUCCCUGACUCUGUCUGACUUGCUAUUGUGUUCUCAUCGCCUACAACUGUUGCCUGGCAUGGAUAAAGUGCUCAGUAAACAUUUGAGAGAGAAUGAGACAUAUGUAUCAUUUUGUAUGUUAUAAAACUUUAAAGUGUGGACAGUUACAUAUUAAACAGUUAAUGGAAA